AUGAAACUCGCCCCUUUUAUUCCAGCCCUCCUAUCUCUACUCCUCCCGACAACCUUCGCCGCACCAACCGCCGCCCCUUACACCGACCCCAAGUCAGGCAUCAAAUUCAAUGCCUUCACCGACACAGCUACGGGUUACUUCUUCGGCAUUGCGCUGCCCCCAACAACAGGGAAAGACUUCAUCGCCACCAUUGGAGGAAAAGGCACGGGGUGGAGCGGCGUCAGCUUAGGCGGUGGAAUGCUGAACAAGUUACUUAUAGUAGCAUGGCCGAAUGGGCAGAGCAUCGUAUCGUCUUUCCGGAAGACAGCCUCAUACGGCUCCCCGCCCCUCUCCACAACCCCAACUACAAUCUUCCACCCAAUCGCAAACGGUACCUACACAAACGCUACACACUGGACCUACACUUUCCUCUGCAGCUCGUGCAUCCUCGCCGACGGCACCACUUUCGCUGCUUCUGACACUGCUCCUGGGUUUGGGUGGGCGGUUAACCCUGCUGCCCCUGAUUUGAAGACGAAUCCUGCGGCGCAGGUCAAGAAGCAUACUGCGCAGGGACAGGUUAAAGUUGAUUUUGCGGCGGCGAGGAGUGAGUCUUUUGAGCUUUGGAAGGGGUGGGCUUUGGCGGGGAAUGGGACGAGGAGGUGGGUUGCUUGA